AUGCUCGCCACUAGGAUUCUUUCAUUGCUAUAUUUGGCAUUGCCGGCCAGAUCAGCAACCGGCCAAGCCACAAACUUCAAUAUCAGUACAGCUGAGCUCCAAUCAUAUGGAUGCAAUGCAACCUGUCAAGAAAUCCUAUCCGCAUCUAAUGCUGCCGACCUCGAAACCAUGGGUACAGAAUUCGACUUCGAUUUCUACAGCACAGCAAACAAUUUCUCUUCCUCGGCUCCAGGCGAUCUUCUAAAACUGCAGCCUGUCAAUAGCUCUACCCUGGACAUACCCGACGGCAUUGCAACUUUCCGAUUCCAGUAUACUUCUAUAGACUUGGAUGGUACGAUAGUACCAUCCACUGGCUUUAUAGCAUUUCCUUUUGGCUCACCAGCCGAUGGAAGUCAAAUUCCCCUGAUCGCCUUCGCCCACGGUACAAUUGGUGUUCAUCGAGGAUGCGCGCCCUCAUCUUCCCCAAGUCUUUUUGAUUAUAGUAGCUGGGUUCCAUUGAUGUACAAUGGCUAUGCUGUUGUAGCCACCGAUUACGCCGGCCUUGGAAACAACUAUACCUUACACAAAUAUACUGCUUUCACGGCUCAUGCCAAUGAUAUAUUUUAUUCCGUUGAAGCAGCUCGCAAAGCAUUUCCCGGUAUGUUCACAAAAGACUGGGCGAGUGUAGGACAUUCUCAAGGCGGUGGCGCCGUGUGGAAGCUAUCGGAGCAUCCUCUUGUACAAAAGCAUACCUCUGGGUAUCUUGGAACGGUUGCCAUAUCUCCCGCGACCAAGAUUCUUGACAUGGCGGUCGAGACAUUCGAAAGCAUAGUUCCUCGUCCUGAUUUCCAUCAAUUUGUCGUUACUGCCGAACUUGGCCAAAUGGUUUACGGCAUCAAAGCAGUCUUUCCUGAUUACACAACGCCAUGGGUCGCCAAUGAGAUGAAAAAGCGGAUAGAAAUGGCCAAUCUGAUGCAAUUAUGUACCUUAUCUUUUAUGGGUCUCUCCCUAGACUUGCCACGGGACCAGUACGCAGUCAAAAAUGAAACACCUGCGACUGAUGAACUUUUCAAAAAAUUCCAGGAUAUGAACGCCCCAGCACAAGGGGAUCCGGCUUCGAGGCCGAUAUUGAUCAUUCAAGGCUUGAAUGAUACUUCAGUUCUCCCUCAAAUUGUCUUUAAGUCAUUUCAGGCAACCGUGAAGGCAGGAAAUGUUGCAUAUUUGAAGAGAUAUCCGGGACUGGAUCACUCUCCGACAAUCGCAGCUUCCACUCCUUUGUGGUUAGAAUAUCUAGCUGAGCUGUUUGCUCAUAAGAAACAACCUCGCAAGUCGUCGGAUACCACAAUUACGCCAUUCAACUUAAACGUGGCCAAGACUCCAUUGGAGAUUCCUUUCAACGAGGAACCUCUGUUGAGCCUACUGGGGUGA